AUGAAUUGUUUCAUAGCCGUAGAGACCCACCUGACGAACCUACAGAAGCCGCCGAAGAUUCGAGGUUUCGAGUGGAUUGGAAGCAAUAGGAGGGCCAAAGCCGGAAAACCCCCUACGGGAGGCGUUGGCAUUUUACUCAGUUCGCACUUCGACGUAGAAUGGUCGGAGUCAGGAGAAGACUGGGUUGCCACGGCUGUCAGAUGCAAUAAGAAACGUUUAAUCUUAGUAGGGGUGUACGUAGCACACCUACUAAGAGGGGCGAAUGCUAAAAUGUAUGCUGAAAUCUCCAACCUGAUCAGGUCCAAGUGCGAGAGCACGGACUGUAUUCUGAUAGGAGGAGACAUGAAUGGGCACAUCCCCCGUUUUGAUGGGAAAUCAGAUAUGCGGGGAAGGUUGCUACAGAACUUCGCAGAGGAGAACGAUCUCUUAAUUCUCAACGGCAGCGAGCGAUGCGAAGGGAGAUAUACAAGGAAGUCUGCCGUCAUUGAUUAUGUGUUGGGCAGCCCCGGAGCAGUGGAGACCGUUCAACACAUGUACAUUGACGACAAAAGACUGUUGUCAAGCAUCUCAGAUCACAACCUCAUAACAGUUAAAUGUAACAUCGGUGGUUUUAAGCAAAAACACCGUGAGACAUUUUGUCUGUAA